GCAUGGCCCCGCGGCGCGAAGUGUUCGGGGACAGGGCCACGCCCAGCGCUAGAAGCAGCUGCACCGAAGCCAGUUUGCCUCAAAUCUGGCUCAAGCCACGGAUCGCCAAGCGAGAGCUACACAUCCUAUUCAUCAUAUUGAACACUCGGAACGUCUCAGUGCAGUGACUCUGCACCGGUGCAAUGAAAUCCACUUGGUUGAUGAUUGUAUCCGUCUUAUCGUCAUCAGUUGGAGGCGCCGCGAUGAGCAUCAGAUCCAUCAAUCAGGACGCAUCCAACAGCUAUGAAUCUAUGAACUCAACAAACCCAGCCUUGGCACCAGCCUUCCGGAAGACAAUCAAUGGUGAGGUUGCUAGUGUGGGCUGCUCUUGCACAGUGUCUAUGUACGAGCACUACCUGUCGUCUGAGUACGGGUGCGCAGGUUCCAACACUGGCACUGUCAUUUCGUACAGCACUGUUGGCUCAUGGAUUGGCGUGAUGUCUGGGAUAUCGUCUCUCGUCCUCACGGCUCCUGCACGAUGAUCACGAACGUGAACCUAGGUUACACGUACACGCCAGGCGCUUAUUGCUUCCCUUUGCCGACUGGGAACGAUAACAUCGGAUCCGUGCUCCUGAAUUGCGCUGGCACUCCGUCUCCGACGCCCUACCCGACGCCCUAUCCGACGCCCAGCCCGACACCCUACCCGACGCCCUACCCGACGGCCUUUCCGACGCCCAGCCCGACGCCCAGCCCGACGUAUCCUGCGGGAUGGCCGACGCCACAUCCGACAUUCCCUGUAGCAUCUCCCAGUGCGGGCGGAGCCGGCGGAAGCGUUUCUGCUACAGGCGAUCCCCAUUUGCAAAACGUUCUUGGCCAGCGGUUCGACUUAAUGAAGCCGGGCAAGCAUGUUCUGAUCAGCAUCCCUCGUGGAAGGCAUAAGAACGCGUUGUUUCGUGUGGAGGCCGAUGCGCGUCAAAUGGGUGGACAAUGCGCAGACAUGUAUUUCCAAGAAUUGAAUGUCACAGGGGAGUGGGUGGAAGCGAUAGGGUCUAGCGGUCUCAAUUUCAAGGCUCAGGGAGUGCAUGAUGAGCAGCCGAAGUGGUUAAAGUUUGGGAAGUUGCAGAUCAAAGUUGCCCAUGGGCGCACUCUGAACGGAGACCGGUAUUUGAACUUCUACGUCAAGCAUCUUGGACAUUCUGGCUUUGCUGUCGGAGGAUUACUAGGAGAAGAUGACCACACUGAGGCAGCGAUGCCCUCGGAGGCUUGCGUUCACCACGUGUCCCUGCUUCAGGUGCUGCCCGAUUCGUCUCAAAGCGCACCCGUCUUCUCAGUUGCCGAGGCGAGCUUCGCUUGAUAACCCGUGCGGCCCGUGCGUGGGACGAGGUCCCCGCGGGAAAGUUGGGACCAGACGCCCCGAAGACGUCUCGUGGGAACACCCGGGGACGACGGACCCAGAACUCCCCCCCGUACGCGCCGACCGGGUCGGCGGAUGUCAGGGUAGGGCGGCCUGGAGCGCAACAGGCCUACUGCGUUGUCUCACCCUUUUUGCUUUUCAAGCGUGACAUGGACCGUCAGACAGUACAAACAAAAACGCUGCCAGGCGUGAUGUCUCCGAUGGUUGCCCCCACGAGUCACAUGCAACUGUGAUAUUUGACAUGUUCAGUGUUGGCUCUGGCACUUCGCAUGAAUGUGUCAGGUACGAGGUGUUUCAUGGUCUACAAGCAUCCCGUGGAAGUGGGGGUCGCACGCU